AUAUCAAAAUUCAAUCAUCACCUAUCCCGGAAUAACCAAGAAAUCAAAGCCAGGUACCAAAUAAAACCUCACAUCCCACGAGUUCAAAAACAGAGUUUAGUUAGACCGGCUAAUCUUUCUCGGAAAAAAAAAAAGUUAGACCGGCUAAUAGCCUCAUAUGCAGCAGUCCCAGACUCCCAGCCCCCCAUCAAAAAACUUCAUCUUCUUCAUUUCUACGGCCUCAACUUCUUCUUCCUCUCACAGUCUCUCUCCCACUCACCAUCAUCCACCCACACCACCUUCAUCCCUCUUAGCCACUCUUCUCACUUUCACAGCACCAACAGUCACAAACUCACAGACUCGCAGUAAGUGGGAGUCACCGCAGCCAUUCUCUGGACCACCUUCUCUAUCUUUGUUGUUCACUACUUAUUGUUCUUUGCAUGUAUAGAGGUGCAGAUUCUAGCUCUUGGAGUUACUAAUUCUAGGUGGUUGCUGCUACUUUGCAUUCAAGGUGUUCUAACAUAUGAUGGUAGCUACUAAUUGUUUUCGCGGUACAACCCUUGUUGGGUUAAUUUCGGAGGUUGACCGUGCUUUGGUUAUGUCUGGUGAUGGCAUGUCCCACAAUGAUUUUCAAUAUGAUAUUGCUGAAGAUGAGCGCACGGUUGUGAAACAUGAUGUAAUAUAUAAAACUGCGGUAAAAGUUCACCAAAUUAAUUGUAAUAUGUUUUUUUCCGCCUCUGGACACGAGGAUGAUUGCCUCGCUCUUAAGGGUGAGCUUGAGCAGUUGUUUUCCAAAACGGGAUGGGGGAAGUCAUUUCGUUGGUAUGUAGAUGAACUUCGUCAUCAUAUUAAAGCACUAGGUGGUCAUGGUUGGGAAAAGCCCCAAGCUCUGCUAGGUGGAUUUGACGGAAAUAAGGAGCCACGUGUUCCAUUGCUGUACAUGGUUAGUGAAGAGUUUGUGUCAGUUGUGCACGAAUCCAGGGAGAAGUUUGUUUGCAUAGGUGGUGGACAUGAUAGCAGCAGGGUAGUCUUGAUUCCACAUUUCAAUGCUUCAACAUGUUCUUGGCAGGAUGCUGUUCGGCUAGCUCAGGGGUCAGUUGCACGGGCUGGCGAUGAUGGCAAUGCUGAUGGGAUUAUCAAGACUGUUGCUGUCACGGCGGAAGAUGGGGUCGUCCAUCGUACAAAUACUGAUAUUAGUGUCGUGAGGAAGGAACAUGGUUUUGGGCUUAUGAGGAGGCCUUUGAUAUAGAUGAUCAGCAGUUAGCAUUACACAAAUUUAAAAGAUGGUGGAUACAAAAGCAAACCUAACCUAAACUAGAAAAUUGGAAAUAUAUUAGAUUUAGAGUAUUAUAAAUUUGAGGUCAUUACUAUCUUACAGUAUAUUAAAUCAGUUGAAUGGCUUUAAGUAAGUUCAGAUUAUUUACUUUGUAGUCGGAUAACAAUGAAGCCAAAUGUGACUUUUGCCAAAACAAUGAGUUCAAUUCAUACAUUUCUAUUAAUCUAAUUAAGUUUCUGUGUUCCA